AUGGCUUGCAAAUUCUUCGACUAUGCCCAGUACAGAGAUGAGUACAUACGGUAUCGCCACUAUGCAGACUUACGUGAAGCAGAAGAACAACAUCGAACUCCGGAAGGGGCCAAGAUAAGGGUAGCAAACAUCUCUCCUCAGCCAUGGUCAGCGCGAAUACCAUACUGGGCCACUGAAAAUGAAAGUAAACUUGUGCGGAUACCCCGUGGCCAAGAUAGCCCAGAUCUACCAUUACCUGAUGGUGUCACGCAUGUCACUGCUGAAGCUGCAACCGAGCUUUUGGACCUAAUUGCUGGGUUGAAUGCUGUACUAUUUUCAACUACAUCGGAAGCAAGCGUAGAGAACAGGCACCUACGGCAAGAGAUUGAGUCAGAGAAAUUGAAGAACACCUCGGGAACAACCAUUGCGAGUUCGGGUCUUGUUCAACACGUCGUAGAUGAUGAUGUAGAACAUGAGUUUCGCACAAAAUUUAAACAUGACAUAGGUAGAAAGGGAAAGACCAAACUUGUGAUACAAGAAGAGCAUGAAGAAGAUGAGGAAGAGGAAGAAGAAGAGGAAGAGGAAGAGGAAGAAGAAGAGGAAGAAGAAGAGGAAGAGGAAGAGGAAGAGAAGAGGAAGAUGAAGAUGAAGAGGGAGAUGACGAGGAAGUUUGGAUCGAAGACGGGGGAUGAGGAUGAGGAUGCGGAUGAGGACGAGGAUGCGGAUGAGGGUAAUCCGGAUGCAGAACAACACUCCACAGACCAAAAACGCAAAGUGGUUUGCGCACAGUCACUCUCGCAUUGCAUCAACGUCGUGCAAUUGCAUGAUUACAAUGCAAAUGCUGACCGGGUGUGUGCAAACUAA